UGAAGGCUGUCACUAGAAGAAGGACCAAAGAUUGUGUAGCUAGUUGCUCAACAUGGAUAUUGCUAGCAAAGUGAUCAUGCUGAUACUGAUGCAGAGUGUUAUAACGGCGGUGGCAACCGGAUGUACCUGUAGUAGUGCAACAAAUUGUCCAGCACCGUACGCAAAACUGCAAACAAUUCCAUCUAACCAAUCUGUCAGAUUUGAGCUGUAUAAUCAGAGUAAAUACAUUAAUGAGACAUUAAGAUGGUGCAUAAGUGGACGUACAGCGACAAACGACGUUAUAUUUAGGGAUACUUUUACGGAGAGGGGUACCAACCUAACCUACAACAAUCCGUAUCCCGAUGAUUUAGCGGAUGGGUUUACUCUAUAUCUAGUGGAUGGUGAUUGCGCUCAACCGCUAGGAGCAAUAUUGAUCAACUCCCUGGAUGGAAACUUCACGGGACCGCAAUAUUAUAUUCUGCUUCACGUGGACAAAGAAUCACCACGGCCCACAAUUGGACCAUCAACCACCACGCAAAGCAUCUGCUACACAAGCACCAUCUCCACAACAACGGAUCGACUCACUCACACAUUAGUAGACGCAACCAAGUGUAUCCAGACAAGCACACCAUCAAUUGAUAUGGGCGGAGCGUCUACAACAGAAACAACGAUGGCCCCAGACCUGUCAAGUACACCCACAUUGACACCCAACACAAGCUCAGUACAUCAAAUGGAAACCGCUUAUAUUACAAGCUUGAGCGUUUCAAACACACAUAGCACAGCCUACCCAUUGCCUACUUCUACACCUACAGUUCUAGGGCGAAGAGAACCGAUACCAGAAGUCUCCCUGGGUGUUGUACUAGUCAUUGUUCUCUGUCUCUACGCUCUCACAACCAUCAUUCUCGUACUGAGAAUCAAACUACUGAGGGGGAAUGCAAGACAGCCUCAAGUUGAUGCAAAUGGAAUUGUUGAAAACGCUGGCUCAAAAGAACAAGAAACCAAAUUAAGCUGAACAAACACAGUCGAAUAAAUUUCACCUCUUGGUAACAAUUAUUCCUCUCUUUUCUUUUCUUAUUUUGUAUGUGUGUGUCCUGUAUUCGUGUACUCUGUUGUCGUUGUAUGUUUUACCAGUUAAUAACCUGAUAAAACAUGCUUACACAAACUGUAUAUAAGGCACUGCUGUAUAACGAGCCAUUACACACUCAUUAGCCCACCUAUACACGCGAAACAGAUGAACGUAAAUUGGGACCUUUAGUGUCAUAGUUUAUUAUGAAAUGGAGGCCUUAAUAAUAUUAUAUUUAAACUACAAGCUCACUGUGCACAUACUUGCUAUACAAUACAUGAGCCUUCACAUUACUGCACCUGUUAUGCGACGUCUCCGUUUGUGCAGCAGCUGACAAUGUUUUCCAAACGUGCAUAGA